CCCCGCCGCAGUGCACUGUGGGUGUCUGGCGGAACUAUGGYGGCGGUGUAGGCAAGGCUGCGCAGGGCGGAGAAGGCCGCAGUGAGUGAAGAUGACGACAGCAGCAAGGCCAACAUUUGAGCCUGCAAGAGGAGGAAGAGGAAAAGGUGAAGGAGACUUAAGCCAGCUGUCYAAACAAUAUUCCAGCAGGGAUCUUCCGUCUCAUACUAAAAUCAAAUACAGACAGACCACUCAGGAUGCUCCUGAAGAGGUGCGUAACCGUGAUUUCAGAAGGGAGCUGGAGGAGAGAGAGCGGGUUGCUGCAAGAGAAAAGAAUAGAGACAGACCAACCAGAGAACAUACAACAUCAUCUUCUGUGUCUAAGAAGCCUCGGCUAGAYCAGAUUCCUGCAGCAAAUCUUGAUGCAGAUGAUCCUCUUACUGAUGAAGAUGAUGAAGAUGAGGACUUGGAAGACAGUGAUGAUGAUGACACUGCAGCUCUUCUGGCUGAGCUGGAAAAAAUCAAGAAAGAGCGAGCUGAAGAACAGGCUCGGAAGGARCAAGAGCAAAAGGCUGAAGAAGAAAGAAUUCGGAUGGAGAACAUCCUGAGUGGUAACCCACUGCUGAACCUUACGGGGCCAGCACAGCCUCAGGCAAACUUCAAAGUGAAGAGGAGGUGGGAUGAUGAUGUUGUCUUCAAGAACUGUGCCAAGGGGAUAGAUGAAACAAAAAAGGACAAGAGAUUCGUCAAUGAUACUCUGCGAUCAGAAUUUCACAAAAAGUUCAUGGAAAAAUACAUCAAGUAGUACAGUUUUAUGUGCGGUAGUGCAGAAGGACUUGGUAGGUCAUGGCCAUUCCCUCCCUUUCCCUCAGAAUUUCAGGCUGAAUGUUUCAUCAUGGAUUCCCAAAUGUUCUUCCAAGAUCAUCAGCAGCUUCAUAAUUAAUAACUGCUGUGUAUCUGGGGUUUUAUUCCUGCAUUUUGUUUUCUUUACAGUUUUCAUUAAAUCAGUUUGUGUCAUGUUUUUUUUCUUUUCUUCAUGAGUGCUUAAUUUUACUGUCCACUUUGUAAAUGGUAGAAGAGAGAAGCUGGUUUGCAAUAAAUACUGCUGAUUGUUUAGAUUGCUUUCCAAAAUGCCCUCUAUCURUAGUGAUGGUGGUUUGUAACUUAUGCAACUUAGAUGAAUGUCAGUAUUAAUCAGAGAUGGGGAAGAGUUGAAUGARAUAUGCAGUGUGAGCUGAAAAGAGCUAUACUUUCUGUAGCAAACGGGACUUUCUCUUAAAAGCUAAUCAGAAAGUUAGUUAAUCUUUGUUUUUAGUUCCUUUUUACCGUCAUACAGGAUACAGUUUUGGGGUGGCUCCACAUUCUAAGCAACUUACCUACUUUCUGGGCUCUCUUGGCUCAGCACACCUGGCACGAUGAGAUGUAAUGCCUGGGGGAGCCUUGAGUGGGAAAUGCUCCAUGGAACCGUGGGUUUUUUUCCCUCCUUAAACCACUGCAGUGCUAAAUCCCUCUGUCACAAGCCAGUGGCCACAGGGUUCAGUGUCUGUGUGUGUCCUUCAAUGGUAAUAACAGCACCGUCAGAAACUUGCAAGUGUUUGUGUCAAGUGAUACCAAGGUACCAUAGUACACUCUGUUUACUCCUCUGAUKUUCAUGUUAGCACUUAGGACAAUGUAAAACAAGAAUGACUGCAAAAAAAUCAAAAAUGUGAAGAGUUCAUUUUUUUCUGUUCUCCUGUCAUCUCAGUUGCAUUCGAAAUCUUGGCCAAGGGAUGCACUGGAUAAGAGCAUAACAUUUCAAAAUGGAGUACUUAUCUCUCUGUCUAGGAUGUGUCAGUAGCAGUAGCAGAAAUCAGAUGUGUUUGUGUAAAAUUCUUGCCCUUUUCCUUGCCUGUGUUGUGCUCAGUUGAGUUUGUUCUSACAGAUACUGUUUCUUACUCGUAGUAUUAUUUUCAAGUUCUUAAUUUGGAAACUUAACCUGAUUUUCUUUUUAAGAGAGUAAAUGUAGAGCACAGUGUUUCRGAUUUUUGUUAGGCAUGACUGGUAUCCUGUAAAAGCCUUCCUUAGCUUUAGCUGUAUUUGCCAUCCUUUCACUAAGCUAUGCAUAGUGUGCUAAUGCCAGCAGCUAAUACCCACAUUUACUUGGAAACGAAAUUUUUAGCAUGCUUAGGGUCAUGUGAGCUACCAGAGGAAUAUGUGUUUGUAUUAUUUCUGCUGCCUGCCUCAUGACAGAGAUGUUUCUUGGGAAGCAGAUAAAUGGAUGUAGCUUGUAAUUGUCUUAAAAUAAAGCUAAUCUUGGUAUAUAGGCAGCAUGUUUAAAAGGGGAGGAAAAAAGAAGUUAAGGGAUGUACCUGUUAGGGCCUGACAGUGGAGAAGCCAGCUGCUGCUUUAGGUCUGACCUAGCAGCAUUGUUGUCAUGGCAACAAAAAAUACAUUGGUCUCCCAGUAUUCCAAGAUCUGUGUUGAGAUAAGCAACCACAGAGUUUUAUUGGAUGGGGAAGAAAUAGUUGCAAUGCCACUUUCAUGCCCUCAUGGAAAAUCACAAGUGCAUAGUGACCAUCAUUUCUGUUCCUGAAGUAAUGUAACUUUUAUGGAAAAAAUAAUACUUUAGAGAAGUCAGAURGCUGGGGUUGAAUGAGGUCUUCCACAGGCCUGCAGGCAGCUGUUUUCCCCACCUGCAGGAAGAUCCCUGUCUUAAAUUUAGGCAUAAUGGAUAGAUGUGAUAGGUCAUUUUUCCCAGUCGCUCCCUCCCUCGCAGGUUCUGGARUAAAGACUGUAGGGACUGUAUAGUCACAGGCUGCAGCUUCAUUUGAGUUUUUUUUUGUUGGCAUUGUUCUUCAGCUCCAUCACAGAAUUUGCAGAUUCUAUCUCUGACUUCCCUCCUCAAAGCUUUUGUAUUUUAGCCUCCUGGARUGUAAGCUGACCCACAAUCUGGGGACUCAGCAACACAAGAUAAUAAUUAAGGAAUCUUGAGUCCUACCUUUUGGUGGGUUUUGCAUCAAUAAUUACUGAAUUUUCUUUGCUAAUACUAGAAAAUCUGAAGUGCUCUGAUUUUUUUGUCAGGGAAGUGCUUUCAGUAUGGAUGCUGUAUUGAUGUUUAAUUUUCUACUGUGCUUCUUGCACCCAUCUGGGAAAGGAUAAGCAUAUCAUUCAUUUUUGUAAAACUGCAGCGUGACUGUGAUGAAAGUUAACUUUUAGCAUUUCAAGGAAGGCAAUAUUUUGCAGGUCCUAGCAAUCAGGAUUGUUUAAUCCUGUAUUAUUGUAAGCAACACCUGAAACUUGCUGCARUUGGUGGAUAUAGACAAAGCCACUUGCUUUAUAAACAGUUUCCCCAUUGUUUAUGGCCACCUUUGGAGCAGCAUUGCAAUUGAAAACUAGAGGCUAACAGUUAAACUUCUAAGGUUUUUUAMAAAUCGUUGUCUUUUAAAAUUUUCCUUGGAGUAUGUUUUAUAAUUCUGAAGGGUUUCAUAGUAUGAGGAAAAAAACCCUAAUGAUAGUCCUGCAGCUGGAAAUGAUUGUGCUGUGUGAGUAUAGAGGGUUCUGAAAUGUUUGGCAUCUGUCUUCCUCGAGUAGGUAGCUGAAUAUUACAGGCUUUCUAUUGCAACCAGCAAAAUUACCAUCUGUGCUUUUCAGGAUUUCACAUUGUUAYAGGUACCAUGUAGGCAUUCUGUAAAUGCCUGGAAAGAGUUCCAUUUUAAAAAUACCCAACCAAAACUAUUUUGUGAGUUCCAAUUUCUCUGUUCACUUGUAUUUUGUUUGAAAUAAAAUCCUGGGGCAGGGGUGAU